AUGGACAAUGACCGCACCUUCUCGGCCGCCGAUGACAAGCGCCGCGCCUCACCCUCACCCUCGCCCGCACCCGAUCUCUCGUCGCCUCCCGACUCGGAUCCCCCCGACGAAGCCUUCCCCGAGUCCCCAGAGCUAAGCGCAACCACGCCCCAGAGCCCGAGACUCUCACGGAACCCCUCGUACUCGGGCAGCAGCUCGCCCAACGACGACUGGGACCCGCUGCCUCCCGCCGACAGGCUGAGCGUCCUCGACCUCCUCGAGAACUUCACCUUGCCACAGCAGCUCGAGAAGCUUCAAAAGGGUAUCUCGGCGCAGACGGAAAAAGUCCGCAGGUCUAAGGAUGUAUUCAAGUCCAAGACGCAGCUGGCCCGCGAUCGCAUGGCGGAGGAGUGGCGCCGGCGCGCUCCUUCGGCCGACGAGCAGCUCGACCGCUACAAGAAGCGCAUGCGACGGCGCGUCGACAAGCUCGGCAGACAGUGGAACGAUACAAAGGCCGUUAGCAUCCGCGAAAAGAUAUCUUUUAUAUUCGGUGUCAUCAACAUCUUCAUCAGCGGAUAUCUCAUCGGUGGCUUCCCCCAGUACUUUCACAUCUGGUACACGGCCCAGCUCGUCUAUUUCAUGCCCAUCCGCUUCUUCACCUAUCACCACCAGGGCUACCACUACUUUCUCGCCGACCUCUGUUACUUCGCCAACUUCCUGCUGAGUCUUAGCAUAUGGGUCUUUCCCAACUCCAAGCGCCUCUUCAUGGCUGCCUAUUGUUUGUCCUUUGGCAACAACGCUGUUGCCAUCAUAAUGUGGCGCAACUCUCUCGUCUUUCACAGCUUGGACAAGGUCACCUCGCUCUUCAUCCACAUCAUGCCCUGCGCCACGCUCCACUGCAUCGUUCAUCUGCUCUCCCCAGACCAACAACAGGAUCGGUUCCCGGCUAUUUGGACCAUCAAGAACUCGACCCCUGGUUCCCCGACGGCAUACGCCAACGUCGUGUCCAUGUUGGCAUGGAGCACGAUACCCUAUGCCUUCUGGCAAGUCGCUUAUUACCUGCUCAUUACGGUUCGCCGUCGGGACAAGAUUGCCGCGGGGCGGCCCACGUCCUUCACCUGGCUGCGCCGAUCAUAUUCCAAGACUUGGGUGGGCAAUUUGGUCCUGUCUCUUCCAAAACGUCUUCAAGAGUCGGCUUUCAUGGCGAUCCAGUACAGCUACGCUGUGUUGACGAUGCUGCCAUGUCCCAUUUGGUUCGCGAGCCGAUAUGCGUCCUCGGCUUUCCUCUUCACCCUGUUUGCCUGGAGUAUCUACAACGGUUCAACUUACUAUAUUGACGUCUUCGGCAAACGGUUCCAGAAAGAGCUGGAAGCCAUGAAGGCCGAGGUUCUCAAAUGGCAAAACACGCCCGAGCUCAUGCUCCAGUCCCCCGUCAUGGCACCGCGCCCCGAAGAAUCUGCGGCCCACACCUCUCCUGGUCAGAAUGAACAAUCUUCUGAUUUCAUUGCUGCUGCAGGCACUGAACCAACUGCAGACAACGACGAGACGAGGCGUGACUAUCAAAGGCCUCCAAAUACGGAUAUUGACCACAUUCCCCUCCUCGAUGAGAACCCCUCAGCAGCAACCACUGGUAUCGAUGGCCAAGCGAACUAA